GCAUUUACAGAUGGAUUGUUGCUGCUGUUGAUGGCUGCCGCAGUAUCAACCGCUAGCCAUGAAGUGGUACGUUUCCAGUGCCCAGAAGCAAUUUUGGCCUUCGGGGGCUCUAGCACUGAUACGGGCGAAGCCCAAUCAUUCACCGGUGAGAGAGAGCUCGACUUCGUUACGGCUUCUCAGUUUCUUCCUUACGGUAUCACCUACUUCGGUCACCCAGCUGAUCGCUACAGCGAUGGAAGACUCAUCAUCGACUUUCUCUCUCAAGCAUUCGGACUUCGUCUUCUGGAUCCCUACUUCGACAAUAUUGCACCUGAUUUUCGUCAGGGGAUCAACUUCGCCACGGGAGGGGCAAACGUGAGGCGUGUGGAAUCAAUAGACGUCGUACCCAUCUAUUUAGGACUCCAAGUGAACCAAGCCAUCCGCUUCUACCACAAAUCUCUUGACGUACCUUCUGGAGCCUUAGUCCCAGCCCCUUCAUCCUUCGGGAACCUCGGGCUGUACUUCAUAUUUGCUGGAGUGAACGACAUAUGCUUUGCCACUAUGACGAAUUCUGGUGUGGAGAGAAUCAGGGACGUCAUUCUUCCAGAAAUUGUUUCCAAUGUCUCUCUUGCAAUCACUAGGCUCUACAACAAUUCUACAACGAGGCAGUUUCUUGUCUUAGGCAUCAGCCCUUUCGGUUGCACAGCAUUCGCAUUAGGGCUAGGCCUGCCGGAUCUGAAUCCUGCAUAUGGGCCUAUUGGACAAGAUGGCUGUGCUCAAGGAAUCAAUGGGUUCGUCAAGGAAUUAAACGAAUUGCUGCUGGUAGAGCUUGAGUCUUUACGGAGCCAGCUUUCAGAAACAACUAUCGUCUACGCGGACACUUACUCCAUUAUAUAUGACGCUGUCAUUAAUCCUUCACUCUAUGGGUUUAGCUAGGGAAUUGCAGCAUGCUGUGGAGCAGGAGGACCACCUUACAACUUCAACGCGACGCUAGGACAAUGUGGAACAGCAGCCGCUUCAACGUAUUCUGAUCGCACCCAAUUCGUGAUCUGGGAUGGAAUUCACUACACUGAGGCUCUUUCCAAGCUCGUGGCCAAGACAAUCCU